AUGGCGACGUGGCGAACAUCAUGUAUAUGGUUCCUCUGGAUAUUUCUGGCGUUCGAAACUAUGAGCUCCUCGAGUGUGUCUAAUGAUGACUGGUCAGACGAUGGAGACGAAUGGCAGUUCACCUUUGAGAUCCCCGGCAGGAGGCAGGAGUGUUACUACCAGGACGUGAGGACUGGCGGGUCCAUCUAUGUCAUGUAUGAGGUCGUCACCCAAACUGAAGUCGGUAUAGAGCUGACGAUCAGGGACGCUGAAGGGAAGCAAGUCCUCGCAUCCCCGGACCCAGAAACCCUAUACCCGAAGAGGAGUGAAGAAGAGAUUAUAGUCACGAAAAGAUCAGGCGUUCAUAGGAUCUGCUUCAGCAACCGUCACAGCGUCUGGCAGAAGAAAGUGAUUGCCCUGCUCUACAUCGUCACCAACGCCAAUAAGAAGUGGGAGGAUAACGAGAAAGAGGACCGGGCGAAGAUUGAGGAAGGAACUAAAAAUAUUAGUGUGUCCUUGUACAAAGUUGAAGACCAUCUCCGAAAAAUAACAAGGAAUCGAAUGAAGGGAAGAGUAUACGAAAUCACGGACUAUAACAGAGCCAAAAAGAUAAACGAAGCUGUAACUAAUUGGUCUCUGGCGCUGUCUUUAGCAACGCUCGGCACCGCCGUUAUGCAAGUUUACUUCAUUAGGAAAUUAUUCGCGACGCAGAAUGUGACGACGUCCAAUAAAACGCCUGCAUGA